AAACCGCAAUAUAAAACAAUUUUGUUUAGAGUGCGGAUAUUUAAAAUCGCAAUGACGAAUCAAACGAACGAGAUCAAAAACGAAGAUCCAUUGGCAUUAAAAAUGGCGCUAAGAUUCUCUUUCACUGUGGUCUUUCUCAUAGGACUGUGUGGAAAUUUACUAGUAUGUAUCGUGAUGAUACAGCAAAGGCGAAUGAGAACAGUGAUGAACUGUUUUACACUUAAUCUGGCAAUCUCUGAUCUCGUGAUCAUAGUUAUAUACGUACCAUCGCAAUACGCUGCGUACGAGAACAACCAAAAUUGGCCGUUCGGUAAUAUUGGCUGUCAAAUUACAUACAGUAUCAUACCUGUAUGUUUAACGUCUUCAACAGCAACUUUAAUUGCCAUCAGUUGGGAACGAUUUCGGGGUAUUGUUUUUCCAUUUCAACCUCGCUUGAAGUUGACCACAGUGCGAAAAGUUAUCCUCAUAACUUGGCUUAUAGGUAUAGCAACAGCACUACCACUAAUGAUCAUUGCUGGUACCCUUGAAAAAGGUAAUAAAGUCUUCUGUGACGAGAAAUGGACGAAUUCUUAUUCAUCCGAAUCUUAUUGGAUAACAAUGUUUUUGUUGCAAUAUAUGUUACCAUUGCUCAUCAUGUCCAUGCUUUAUGGAGCAGCUGCGAGAAAAUUACAAAGGCGAUCGAUAUAUUUACAAAGGGACUCAAGAGCUAUUGCGGGUAGUGUCAACUAUACAGCUGAAAUCACAAGACAACGUCAAAGUCAAAAGAUAACAAAAAUGCUUGUCGCUUUAAUUUUGAUUUAUUUAUUCUGCAUGUUGCCACAACAUAUUGUGUACUUUUGGACGAAAUACGGAGACCUGGAAAACAGAAAAUAUUAUCUUUAUUUUUUCCGUAUAUCCAAUCUCUUUACCAUGGCAAACAGUGCAUUAAAUUCACUAGUUUACGGAACGCUGCAAACUGAUUUUCGUAAAGCCUAUAAAGUAUUCUUCAUUAAAUACAUCUGUGGGCAAAAUGAUAAAAUCUUGGGCUCAAAUAAAAACAUCAGUAUCCCACUUCCAAUUACAACUGAAAUGAAAAAUCUAAAAAAAGACGAGCGGUCAGCACUUUUCGACUCAAAAAGAGUUAAAAUUGGGAAGAAGUCCUCUUCGUCGGAACAGAUAAAGGGGAAGAACGAUGACUUGGCUGAAAAUAACAGAACAAGAGAAGUGCGUUGUGUGUCAUCACAUUCACAAACCCAUCUUAGAUCACGAUUAAGUGAAAGCGAUGCACAAAAUUUCGACAAUUCUGUUUGCCACAAACCACAUGAAAACAACAUCAACCAAAGCCAUUAUCGCGAAGCACUUGAAGACAAAUUUUGUGGGACUAAUGAAGAUGCGAACAGUACAAUCAACGACGCUAAAAUUCAAUUACUUGAUCUAACUUUAUUGAAUAACGCAAAAGAAACUAUUCUAUAA